AUUACUAUUAAAGCGUUUUGCCUGAUAACUAUGGCAAAAAAUACAUCAAGUUCUGCAUUCAGGAAAAUUGAUGUCGAUCAGUAUAAUGAAGACAAUUACAGAGAAGAAGAACAGGCAGAAUUACAGUCCGCACCUAUUGGACCAGACGAAUCAGAAGUUACAGCCUUGAUGAAUCAGUAUCCUUAUAGAAACUUAUUUAGGGGACGACAUAUUGAUGCUUUAAAAACUGUACUGCGGAAUGCUCCAUUAGGAUCAAAGAAUCAGCAAAUCAAGGACAAUGCUUUGAACCUAACACUGAGGGUGUUGCUGGCAAUCAAGGCUUCCCAAAUUGAAGAAGCUGUUGGUGCACUGGACCGAGACCUAGUGGAUGUACUCAUGAAGUAUGUCUACCGAGGCUUUGAGUCACCAUCAGAAGGAAGCAGUGGUCAUCUUCUCUUGUGGCAUGAAAAGGCAUAUGUUGUUGGUGGUGUUGGAAGUAUCAUGCGAGUUCUUUCAGAUACAAAACGAGCAUAAAUGACUUGAUGAACAUACACCGGUUUUUCAAAUCAUCUAAUUAUGCCAUUAAUUUUUCAUAUACAUACCAUUCCACAAGAAUGUAUGAAUGACUGAGUGAAAGAAGAGGCAGUAUUUAUAUAUGAAAAUAUUGAUGAAAUUUAUUAACACUAUAACAUUUUAAGAUAUACAAUUAUGUCUGAUUACUUAGGGCAAGUAUAUUAACAAUGUACAGUCUUUUGUCAGUUUGAAUAGUUCAGAUUAUGGAAUAUGUUUGUAUUUGUAUUGAAUUCAAUAUUAGUACAGAAGUUCUUUAUGAAUAGUUUAUGCAUUAUGUAGGCAAGAAUGAGUUGAAGACAAUUUAAUCAGACAUAUAUGAGUUGUUUUUAACAUUUUGUUUUAUAGUAUAUUUAAAAUGUCAAUGUUUAGCCUGUUCAAUAAUACAUGUGGUUGAUAGCUACUCAAAAUAAAAAAUUAUAAUGGA